AUGCCCCUGGGCUGUUGGCUGUCUCUCGUCCCAACAACCGACCAGGUUCCAUGCUCUUCCUCACCAGUCUCACCAUCAUCAUCAUCUUCCAGCUCAACCACCACCACCUCACCCACUCGCUCUUCCGAUUCAUACGAAUCCACUAGCAGCAGCACUAACAGCCUCACAACACCCACCAGUACUACCUUCCAUCCAUCCAGCUGCUUCAUCCCUUUCAAGAAAGCCUCAACUCCCCAUCAACAACAUAAGCAUGACCACCAUCCAACUCCCAACUCAUUCCUAAAACCAAUGGUCCUCGAAUCCCCUAACAGCUGUCGACCUCGUCGCAAUAAACCUUCACCAUCCUCUUCCUCCUCCUCAUCACCAUCAUUAACCUCUUUCCACCCACUACCUCUCCUCGAAAACUCUCAUAAUCAAACCUCCAAUCUCAUCAACAAUCUCAACCAAAAACAUACCCGCUCUUGCUUCGAAGUCCGCUCCUUACAGGUCUGUGAUAUCGAGAAAGUUAGGGAAUUACAUUGUGCGACCUUACCGGUAACCUAUCCGAGCUCGUUCUUCUACAACCUCUUACGGAGUGAUUCGCAGGAGAAGAUCAGUCUAGUAGCCACCCUACCCUCGACGAGUGUCCAGGGCUACUUCGAAGUGCUCAGUUCGUUGGGCAACCAUCCAGCGAGUCAACUAGUAUCCAGCUCCACACAUCAUGGCCACCUGAGCCACCAUCACGUUACCUCACCCCUAUCGGGACGGAAACCGAUCUCAUUGGAUGUCGUCGGCACCAUCACCGCUCGGAUCGCCACCAGUCCCACCGGCCCUUCCGUACGCAUCCUCACCCUCUGCGUCAGUCCCAGCUAUCGCAGGUUCGGAGUCGGCCGUCUGUUGCUCGAUAGCCUCCUCAAACAGAUCAAGAACCGCUUCUCCAGACUCCUCCCACUCAACAACUCCCCCAACCAGGAUAGGAUCAUCGUUAAUCUUCAUGUCCAGGCGACCAAUAAGGUCGCUUACGCGUUCUAUCUUCGGGCCGGCUUCUCACCGGUCUGCUUCAAACCGGCCUAUUACUCCGACAACGAGCUCAAACCUCUCGAUCCUGCUCUCAAAAAGCUCUCCUCUUCUUCUUCUUUAUCCUCUCUGCAUAAAUCGUCUUCCCUGGACUUCUCCUCCCCUCUUCCCUCCUCAAACACUUCGACCCAUCAACAGACACUUCUUUCCGAGCCUGAUCCUCCUUCAACAACCGGCACCAGUGAUUCUUCUGACCAAACGGUGGAUGUCGACGCUUGGUUCUUGGAACUAUCGCUCGAUCGUUCUUGA